AUGGAUAUCAGAGUAUUACAGGUAAUGUUAGUGCACCAACCCCGUCAGCGAGCCACCGCUGUUCCGCCUCGUGCUCAUGUUGGGCAUGAUCAUGCUGCUGCAAGAAGACAUUUUCUUUUAAGUCACCAUCCCAGGGGGGGCUAUGAUCCAAACGGGUACCCCAAUCAGCUAUAUGCCUUCCCUGAACCCCAACAUCAAGAUUAUGUACAAGGGCCGCAUGAUGCCCGAUCGUCCCCGCCGAAAGAUUCUUCAAUUUCGGAUGGCUCAGAGGGAAUCCGAGCGACUAAUUGCACGUGCAAGAAGAGCCGAUGCCUAAAGCUAUAUUGCCAGUGCUUCGGAAAUUCUACAACUUGUGGAAACAAAUGUAGGUGCCAAUCUUGUCACAAUACCAUGCAGCACGCUGAACAUAUUGAAGUAGCGAAGAACGCAAUCCUGGAUCGCAAUCCUAACGCCUUUGACAGCAAAUUUUGUGGUGUACCCGUGCCUCAUUUCUUUGGAAAUGGCAUCGUCAAGCAGCCUACAAAUUGGCACUCGGCACGCGUAGCUUGCACCUCAAAGUCAAUUCAACAAACUUUUUCAACCCCUCAACGCUUCAACAAGCUUGGUUGCAAAUGCAGAAGAUCGUUCUGUCUGAAGAAGUAUUGUGAAUGCUUUCAAAACCAAAUGAACUGUGGCUCGCAUUGUGGAUGCUUAAACUGUAAGAACCAUUCUCCCCAAGCGGAAGCGCCCAGAAGAAUAGCAUUGGUUGAAGCAAUUAUUCCCAAGGAAACCCGGGUUGGUUCUAAAGAAUCUGUUCCACUGGACAAGGAUGUGAGUGCAUCUGAAAAACUGUCAGCGCACAGCAAGUCAGAAGAUCGUAUGACCAUGAUUGCAGCGGUCGCAAUGACAGAACUUUUUGGAAAAGCUCCAAGACAGGCAUCUGGUGGCACAUCGAAAGGCGCGGGGGCAAGUGAAAAACGAAAAUUUCACAACAAGGCGAAAAGCAGUCAGUCCAAGAAAGGUGCGUUGAGAGCAUCACUUGGAAUCAAUCACAUGAAGUUGAGGAGUCCGUCGUCUGUUUGCGCCUUUAUACCGCAGUCUCGUCGCUACAAUAUGAGUAAUGGAGGGGAACAUGGUCCUUCCCGCCAUUCAUAUUUUCCGAUACAAACAUCGCCAGCUCUGUUUCAGUACCAUCAUCGUCCUCCGAGGCCCUCACCUACCUACAAGAAUGUUAUCAAGUCAAUUGGACUGCCAAAGGCGUUGAGUUUUCGGAAGAUUUGCUCGAGGUGCGGCCGAGCAAGAGGUGAGCAUUCUGAACUCGGAUUCGGAAACAAAUGCGUCUUCGAUGACUGUGGGAAGUGCCAUGCUGGGAUUCAAAUUCACAAGCAAUAUGGCAGCCCGAUGGGCGUUCUGUGCUGUUUGUCCGUCAAAGAGGGAGCCAUUCCUGAACAAGUAUGCAGGUAUGCACGCAAAAUUCGUGAUUUGUCUGCUCGUGCUAUGCUCCUGAAAUCAUUGAAACAAGACAAACAGGAAGUCAAUUGA